AUACUUGAACUGCAAGAACAGCCGCCGCUCCGGCGGGCUGCUCGCUACAUCUCGGGGUGUCUUUGGCCCGCCACGCCCGGCCGUGCCUUCCUGCGCCUUUCGCAACCUCCUCGACCCUGCGUGGUCUCGAGCUGGGUGAGCGGGCGGGCGGGUAGGCUGGCCUGGGCUGCGACCGGCGGCUACGACUGUUCUUUGGCCGGGUGGGCUGGGCAGAGUGCACGCUGCUUGGCGCCGCAGGCUGAUCCCGCCGUCCACUCCCGGGAGUAGUGAUGUUGGGUAACUCCGCGCCGGGGCCUGCGACCCGCGAGGCGGGCUCAGCGCUGCUAGCAUUGCAGCAGACUGCGCUCCAAGAGGACCAGGAGAAUAUCAACCCGGAAAAGGCAGCGCCCGUCCAGCAACCGCGGACCCGGGCCGCGCUGGCGGUACUGAAGGCCGGGAACCCGCGGGGUCUAGCGCAGCAGCAGAGGCCGAAGACGCGACGGGUUGCACCCCUUAAGGAUCUUCCUGUAAAUGAUGAGCAUGUCACCGUUCCUCCUUGGAAAGCAAACAGUAAACAGCCUGCGUUCACCAUUCAUGUGGAUGAAGCAGAAAAAGAGACUCAGAAGAAGCCAGCUGAAUCUCAAAAAACGGAGCGUGAAGAUGCCCUGGCUUUUAAUUCAGCCGUUAGUUUACCUGGACCCAGAAAACCAUUGGUCCCUCUUGAUUAUCCAAUGGAUGGUAGUUUUGAGUCACCACAUACUAUGGACAUGUCAAUUGUAUUAGAAGAUGAAAAGCCAGUGAGUGUUAAUGAAGUACCAGACUACCAUGAGGAUAUUCACACAUACCUAAGGGAAAUGGAGGUUAAAUGUAAACCUAAAGUGGGUUACAUGAAGAAACAGCCAGACAUCACUAACAGUAUGAGAGCUAUCCUCGUGGACUGGUUAGUUGAAGUAGGAGAAGAAUAUAAACUACAGAAUGAGACCCUGCAUUUGGCUGUGAACUACAUUGAUAGGUUCCUUUCUUCCAUGUCAGUGCUGAGAGGAAAGCUUCAGCUUGUGGGCACUGCUGCUAUGCUGUUAGCCUCAAAGUUUGAAGAAAUAUACCCCCCAGAAGUAGCAGAGUUUGUGUACAUUACAGAUGAUACCUACACCAAGAAACAAGUUCUGAGAAUGGAGCAUCUAGUUUUGAAAGUCCUUACUUUUGACUUAGCUGCUCCAACAGUAAAUCAGUUUCUUACCCAAUACUUUCUGCAUCAGCAGCCUGCAAACAGCAAAGUUGAAAGUUUAGCAAUGUUUUUGGGAGAAUUAAGUUUGAUAGAUGCUGACCCAUACCUAAAGUAUUUGCCAUCAGUUAUUGCUGGAGCCGCCUUUCAUUUAGCACUCUACACAGUCACAGGACAAAGCUGGCCUGAAUCAUUAAUACGAAAGACUGGAUAUACCCUGGAAAGUCUUAAGCCUUGUCUCAUGGACCUUCACCAGACCUACCUCAAAGCUCCACAGCAUGCACAACAGUCAAUAAGAGAAAAGUACAAAAAUUCAAAGUAUCAUGGUGUUUCUCUCCUCAACCCACCAGAGACACUAAAUCUGUAACAAUGAAAGACUGCCUUUGUUUUCUAAGAUGUAAAUCACUCAAAGUAUAUGGUGUACAGUUUUUAACUUAGGUUUUAAUUUUACAAUCAUUUCUGAAUACAGAAGUUAUGGCCAAGUACAAAUUAUGGUAUCUAUUACUUUUUAAAUGGUUUUAACUUGUAUAUCUUUUGUAUAUGUAUCUGUCUUAGAUAUUUGGCUAAUUUUAAGUGGUUUUGUUAAAGUAUUAAUGAUGCCAGCUGUCAGGAUAAUAAAUUGAUUUGGAAAACUUCGCAAGUCAAAUUUAACUUCUUCAGGAUUUCACUUAGAAUCUAAGUUUACUUGGUUUACUAUAUAAUGGGAAGUGAAAACCUUCCUCUAACAUUAAAGUAGGUUUAGGAAAACAGACCCUCAAAUUCUAACAUUCAUUUUCCUAAGCAACUGGAUCAAUUUGCUGAUGGGCAUAAUCUAAGCAUAUCUGAAUACAGACUUUUUCACUCUUUGUAAAACCUGUUUAGGUUCUGCAAACUAAACAGAGGCUGGAAGCGGAAGAGGGUGGGAAGCUUACGUGCAAAUUAACAGACGAGAAAUGCUCCAGAAGGUUUAUUAUUUUAAAGCAUAACAUUAAAAACAAAAAACUAUUUUUAAAACCCUGCUAGAUUUUAUAAUGGAUUUGUGAAUAAAAAAUACCCAGGGUUCUUAGAAUGAAUAAAUAUCCUUUUAAUAGUUAUAUAUACAAAUAUACAACUGUUAGCUUUAAUUGGCAGCUCUCUUCUUUUUUCUUCUUUUCACUGGCUUUUUACUUGGUGCUUUUUCUUGUUUUGCACUGGUGGUCUGUGUUCUGUGAAUAAAGUAAGAAUUUACUAAGCGUAUGCUUGUUAAGUUUUGGAUUAUUGAAAUAAGAGGCAUUUCUUAGUUUUCCAAUAGGAUAUAAAAUGUGUAAGACUGGCAUCGAAAGAGUUCUAUAGAUUUUGGUCCUAAUUUUUAUAAAUCACAAGGUAAAGAAAUCACAGAACAGAUGGAUCGCUAAUGAAAAAGGGACGUCUUUUUGUUUAUAGUCAUGUGGCAAGAUGAGAGUAAAACCAGAGAGCAAACCUCUAGAAGUGUUGAAUAUAUAUAUAUAUACAUUUGAAAUAAACCAGAAAUGUGUUACCUUAUU